CUUCAGUGCGUCGCAGGGGCCCGUCGUGGUGCUACGUGGAUUCUCCGAACUCUGUCGCGGAUUGAUCCGACUGUGUGACUGUGUGACUGAGAUGAGAGCGAGUCCGGUCGCCGCCAACUUAAGCUGAUUUAUCUAGUUUAUAUGCAUGAUCUCCAAAAUCGAACACUUUAGAGUGCCACUACGCUGUUUGAUAUGCGGAUUUACCAUUACCACAAGAGUUAGUUCUUUGUCCCUUGGAUUGUGUUGUGCUAAUUCGCGACAAUGCGCUAACAACUUAACACCAAGUUUCAUCAAGUGAUGGUUUUUAGUUUUUCUUGUGAUUUUUGUGUGUUCUUCUUUUUGAUUUUAUCCUAAGGAUUAUUUAUUAAUAUGGAUACCUAUUUUAUUUUAAUAUGGCUGUUAACUGCUGUAGUGUGCUCGGGAGGGCAGCAGCAAUACUUUAAAAUACAACCUCACGAUGUCAAGGUUCAGGAAGGUGGAGAAGCUAUGUUGGAAUGUGUGGUGGGCAACGGAGCUGGUCAAGUCCAAUGGACAAAGGAUGGAUUUGCCCUUGGUUUUUUGAACGUAAUUCCCGGUUUUCCGAGGUACUCAGUAAUUGGAGACCGCCGAUUGGGCGAAUAUAACCUGAGGAUCAGCAACGCCUCAUUGGAAGACGACGCUGAAUAUCAGUGUCAGGUUGGCCCUGCUCGUUUGCACAAGGCAAUCAGAGCCAACGCGAAACUCAAUGUGAUAUCUCCUCCUUCUAGCGUAGAAAUAUUGGAUCACCGACAUAAUUCUAAAAUAGAAAUAAAAGAAAAUCAAGAAUUUAGUUUGGAAUGUCGAGUACGAAAUGCCAAACCUGCCGCAAAAAUUGUUUGGUAUAGAGGAAACGUAGAGAUGAAUAUUCAUCGUGAAGAUCAAGUGAUAGAAGUUCCGGGAAAAAACGGGGAUAGAAGGGUAACACGGUAUGAUACUCACUCUAGAAUAUCUUUAAAGCCAACCGCUGAGGACGAUUAUGCGGAAUACACCUGUGAAGCAAGACACGAAGCUCUAUCGUCUGACGUCCCAAUGAGAGCCACAGUACAACUAAGUGUACUUUAUCCACCAGGUCUACCCUACAUAGAGGGAUACACGGAGGGAGAAACCAUAAGACGAGGACAACAAGUCGAAUUGGUUUGCAGAAGUAGGGGAGGCAACCCACCAGCUCAAUUAAUAUGGUACAAAAAUGGCGAUCAAAUUAGGAUGGCCUACAGGACAGCAGGAAGAGUGUCUGAAAAUGUUUAUGUGUUUACUGCUGAUGCCAGUGACAAUAAAGCUAGAUACAAAUGUGUUGCUAGUAACAUAAUGUCCAAAAGCCCUCUAAAAGCAGAAAUCGACAUGAGUGUACUAUUUUCUCCCGCUCAUGUAACCAUUUCUGGCCCGACUGAAGCUCGAGUUGGCGAUCCAGUUCCCUUGACUUGUACCACCGCCAAUUCAAAUCCCCCAGCAGAAAUCAAAUGGAUGGUGGCGGGAAGACAAGUCAGGAACGCUACAUCCAGGACUAUUGUAUCACCAGAAGGAGGCUGGAUCACUACUUCCAAUAUCACCGCUGUUGUAGAACCGAAUAGAAGAAGCUUGGUCGUAAUUUGCCAUGGUGUCAAUAUGCAGCUUACUGAAAAUGUUGUUUCAACUCAUACCAUCAAUGUUCUAUAUCCACCUAGUGCUCCUUUCAUUCACGGAUAUACUGAAGGAAACAACGUAUCCUCCGGAACUGUUCAAAAAAUAUCCUGUACGUCAUCAGGAGGUAAUCCUUUAGCAACUUUAACUUGGUAUAAAAAUGACAAAAAGAUCCAUUCGACAACAAAAAGUAAUGACAAGUCAGUCACUGCAGAAAUUACUAUUUUAACCAACGUAACUGACAACGAAGCUAGAUAUAGAUGUGAAGCUGCUAACUCUGCUACAGAGAUUCCAUUAUUUGAGACUAUUACUAUGAGUGUUCACUUCCCACCGGAUCACGUAAAAAUAACCAAGGAGCCAUUAGACUUAAAACCAAAUGAAGAAGCCACUCUCAUUUGCGAUUCAAGCUCAAGUAAUCCCCCAGCCAAGUUGUCCUGGUGGAGGGAGGGAAUUCCAGUCCAAGGGCUGUUUAACACCUCCAAGCCAGGAUUGCAUGGUGGAACCGUUUCCAGUAUAGAACUAAAGCUUAAUAUAACGGAACAACUUAACGGUAUUGUUUAUACCUGCCAAGCUAGCAACGAUGCCCUGAAAAGAUCUGUCCACGAUGCCAUAACUUUAGAAGUUUAUUAUAAACCCGUGUUUGAUAAAGCCAAUGAAGACUCCAUCACCGGCAUAGAAAACGAACCCCUUAUUAUAAGUCUAAAAGCAGAUGGUAAUCCUAGUAACAUAAUCUACACCUGGUCUAAAGAUGGCUUGCCUAUAACUCAAGCAUCUUUAAGUAAUGGCAUGGAGCGUAUUGUUUCUGAUGGAUCUGCUUUAAAUAUAACUCAACUAAGCAGACACGAUGCUGGUACCUACAACUGUGAAGCAUCGAAUUCGCAAGGAAGUAGUGUAACUCAAGUCAAUAUAACCGUCCAAUAUCCUGCUUCAGUAUUAGCAAUUAGCGAAAACGUCAUUGUAAAUCCCAAGGAAGAUGCAACGUUAUCCUGCACAGCGGAUGGAAAUCCUUUAAGUGAUGAUUCAAUAACAUGGAAAAGAGAUGAUUUUCCGGAAUUUGAUGCCAGAACUUCCGUUAUGUAUGACAAAAAUGGAACUUCAUAUCUAAGAAUCUCCGCUGUCACUAGAGAAGAUCUAGGAAAAUUUCAAUGUAUUGUUAACAAUGGAGUUGGUAAUACUACCACUAGAGAUGUUAUGUUGAUAGUUAAACAUAAGCCUGAAAUUGAUGAACACCCAACUUUGCUCAAAUUCGCUAGCGAUGCAGGAGAUACUGGAAAAUUAAUUUGUAGAAGUCAAGGAUCACCUCUUGCCCGAUAUUCCUGGGCAAGAUCAGGAUCACCUAUUACUACAAAUACCACUGGAAAGUACUACACAACCUACAAACAGAUUGAUAGCUUAAUAUCCGAGUCAGCUCUUUUUAUUACCCAUGUUACGUCUGCUGAUUACGGCAACUAUGAAUGUGUUGCUAGAAACGAAUUAGGGUUUUCAACCAUAUCGCCCAGAUUGGAAGUAACUUCUGCCCCCGAUACACCCACCUUACUUACAGUUUUAAAUGUGACACAUAACUCGGUAGUCCUUGGAUGGACUCCUGGGUUUGAUGGAGGCAUGAAGUCGUCCUAUAGAAUUAGAUACAGGCUUGUGGAUGAUGAUGCCUACAAAUAUGAGGAUGUUCCCUCAAACGUAACUACGUAUGUUAUCAAAGGAUUGGAAGUUAAUACGCAGUAUGUAUUUUCUAUUAUGGCCAUGAACAAACUGGGUAGCAGCAACUUUAUGCCCGAUCUGCUUUCUGCUAGAACGUCAAUGUUUGUUGGCGACCAUGUCGAAAAAGUUAUACCCGAGGACUUAAUAGAAAAACAAGACUUACCGAGAGUUGUUAUUAUUAGCGUGUCCAUUAUUGGCGUUAUUCUUUUGUUCAUUAAUAUCGGGUUAGUCGCUGGGUGUAUGUUGAAAAGAAGGGCGAAAAGAAUGAGAGAACAAAAUAACCAGACCAGCAAGUCAGCAACAAUUGAAAUGUACGCUCCAAGCAGCUACAACGAUACUGUAACUGGUGAAACGUUGUCAUCUGUAAGUGAAAAGAGCGAAACGUACAGCAAUGAAGAAAGCCAUAACGACUAUGUGGAUGACAGUCGGAAGCUCCCUCCCACUAACUCCUACAUCAUGGACCAUCAUAAUCCUAUCGUUAGCGAUUACCAAGGUGCGUACCAAGUGUACGAAAUGCAAAUGCCGAUGCAGGGCGGCGGUGUAAGCAUGGCUCACAAGACGCACACGCUGCCACACCCGCAUCAUCAUCACCAUCCGAUGCAUGAUAUGAGACCCAGGGCUAGAGACGAUCAGACCCUUGGGUAUCACGGUAGCAUGUCAGCUAAAUCAUCUUACGUGAGUGCUCCCUCGCCUGCUCCACCCGCAGACGGUUCCUAUUACAACAUGUCGGACCGUUAUCUGUCAUACCCGCCGCCGUUGGAUUUUCAGAACCCGCCUCCCAUCCCCGCACACCCGCAUUUAGGGCACACGAUGACCCCCGCCACGCCGCCGCUUCCCUCAAACGGGUCACUUUUGCGCCACCAGAGGAUCGUGCCGCCACCUGAUGUGCUGCACAACACGAGCCAAAACCCGCAGAUACUGCAAGCCCAAAGCCUAACCCAGAAACGGGAGUUGACCAGCUUCGGCAACGGUUACGGUGUUAACGAACAAGAAGGUCAUCUCGUAUGAGACAGGGAGGACGUCCUGUACGUGCUAUAAAACUAAUCAAAAAAUAGUUUACACGGUAUAAUUAAAGUGCGUUUGGUUCGACAGUUGUGAAUUAUAAACCUAAAAUUGACAAUACGUGUUAAUCAAAAUAAGAACAAAACUUUAAUACUCAAUAUAUGUGAUUUAUUAUAUAUGAAUACGGUUUAUAUCAUUGCAAUAUAUUUUGAACUAAAAAGUGUAUAUAUCUUGUUAAGUUUUUUAUAUCAGAUCUAACGUUUUAGUUUUAUUACAACUUCAUUUACCAUACAAAAACUAGUAGUAGUUACUAGUAGAAUAGGUAACAAGUAUUUUUCAGAUAACUGUCAUGGAAUGGUUGUAAAAUUUAAUUUUACAUUCCACUAAUACCACAAGACUUAAUUUUGAAAAUAUGUGUUCCCAUUAAAACCAGGCAUUUUAAAUAAGUAUUAGAUGCCCAUAGCUGAUACUCAGUUAUGUUUUAAUGAAUGUGAUUUUUUUAACAUUUUAUUCUUGCUACUUUACUUAACAGUAAAAAUAUUUUCCAAUUUUGUUGUAUAUAUUUUUUGUUUUUAAGUUUUUAUUUUAAAAAUAAUUACUAGUCCAUUUUAAUA